AGAAUCCUCUGUUUUACCCUCUUUACGCCAAUGGCUAUUUCUCUCAAUUCUGGCCUUACUGUUGCAGUUAGCAGAAGUAUUCGUCAAACCCCACUUUACAAUGUUAAUUUGACAACAAACCCAUUUAGUUUUAACUGCAAUUUCAGCUUAACCCCCAAUUUUUCAGCCAUUUCUGCCUCCCACAGGUCCUCCUCUGUUAUCUACAGCUCCACAGGAACUGAGACUCCAGUGGUGAGUGAGGACACCAUCAAUGUGUUGGACGAUGUUCAAGUAUUUGAUCUGAAUGGACAAGGAGUACCUAUUUCGGAUCUGUGGAAAGAUAGGAAAGCAGUUGUCGCCUUUGCUCGUCAUUUUGGAUGUGUCCUUUGUCGCAUAAGAGCUGAUUAUCUUGCAGCUGAGAAGGAUAAGAUGGAUGCAGCUGGAGUUGCACUUGUUUUGAUUGGACCUGGUAGUGUUGAUCAGGCCAGAAAAUUCUAUGAGCAAACAAAGUUUAAAGGAGAGGUUUAUGCUGAUCCAAGCUAUAGGUCUUAUGAGGCUCUGAGAUUUGUGUCAGGCAUUACAACUACAUUCACUCCCGGGGCAGGUUUGAAAAUAAUACAGGCAUACAUGGAAGGCUAUAGACAGGAUUGGGAGCUUUCUUUUGAAAAGGACACCAGGACACGAGGUGGCUGGCGACAAGGAGGAAUUAUUGUUGCAGGUCCUGGUAAAAAUAACAUCACAAACAUACACAAGGACAAAGAAGCAGGUGAUGAUCCAGAUAUAAAAGAGAUCUUGAAUGCUUGUUGUGUACAAGGCUAAUUAAUCAAGACAGUCUAUAUAUUAUGUGUAUAUACAGAUUACAGACACAUUAUCUAAGUGUAUCAUUGUAUAUGUGUAUCAUAAUUAAACAGAAAAAGAAAAUCAAGAUGCAUCCCUUGUUCUAUUA